AUGGAGAUUAGACUAAGCUCUUUCAAAAGAGAGCAUUCUCUUCGAGAACUGUUGUCAAAGGAUAUGUCCGAGUAUUGGGCAACAGACGAUGUGUUGCCACACUCCAUCCAGAUAUCUUUUGACAAGGUCCGAUAUGUCCAGUCCGUACAGCUGUUUCUGAGCUUCACACAGGACGACAGCUAUACUCCCGAAAAGAUAGAAGUCAGGUCGGGGUUGACCAGAGAGAGAAUCAGACCAAUAAGCUCUGUUGAACUUGUGGAGCCGGAGGGGCUGUUGACCCUGAAUGUUGCGAGAAAUUGUCUUUAUGUCCAGAUUGUAAUCAACUCGAACCAUCAGGAGGGGAAGGAUAGCCAUGUCCGCCAUUUGAAAGUUUUGGAGUCGUCGACAAAGGAGAUUUACUACAAGAUAUAA